CACAGUCUGGUCAGACGGAGUCAAUCCCUAUCGCAGAAGGAAGCAAAUAUGCCAAUGUUCAUGUUAUUUUUAAUUUCUAACUUUAAUUAAGUGCAUUAUCGUUUGUUUUGUUAAGAUAGGUGGCGUUAUUCACAGUCGUCUGACUGCUUUUGUAGUAAUCAGACGGUUGACAUCGUGUAGGACUUCAUCUUGUUUACCUUUGGCUCUAGCAGGAGAACUAACGCUAACGGCGUUAGCCCACUCCCUUGCUAGCCUGCACAGUCCUAGCGUUAGCUUAAAAAGCUAACUCAAAUCUGUGGCGAAAUGGCGGCCAAUACGACACAAGCAACCCCAGCAACUAACUGGUCCUAUGGUAGCGCUGGAGAUGGCCAGGUUCAUGAAAACCCAGAAUGGGAGAAGGCAAGACAAGCACUAGCAUCCAUUAGCAAGAGUCAGAGUUCUGCUAAAACAACACAAGCCAGCCGGACCACAGCAGAGGCCGGUCAGUUCCAGCCAGCAGUGACUGACCCUGCCGCGAUGCAGCAGCAACAGCAGCAACAACAACAGCAGCAACAGCAGCAGCAGCAGCAGCAACAGUAUUAUCCGUGGUACCAGCAACAACAGCAGCACUAUCCUGGAUACACAUACCCCUAUAACUAUUACUACCCCAUGGGUCCAUAUGGAGCUGCAUAUCCACCAAAUCAGUAUGGUGUACCCCCAGGGCCUUACCCAGGAACUCCACCCUCCAAUGGCCAGCCUCCUCCAGUGCCGGGCAUGGAAGACCAAUCCCCCAGCUACCCCUCUCAACCACAACCUCCUCCCCCCGCUACUCCCCAGCCACCCCAGAGCCCAACCACUUCAGAGAAACCCCCUCCUCCCCCACCCCCACCUAUUCCUCCCCCAUCCAACUCCCAGUACCCCCCUCCUCCAUCACAAAAUGCUUACAGUGCCAACAACUCCAUGCCAUACCCACCUGGUGACCCCAACCAAAUGCAGGUCUACAAUCAUUCCCAGGGAAGGCCUAAUUAUGGCCAGGGCUUCCAGGCCCAGAACACCUACCAGCCCUCUCAAAAUACCUCCCAGCAGCAGAGCCAGUAUGUACCAGGGUUAGGCAGAGGAGAGGCCAACAAAAACAAAAACCAAAAACAAGGACAACAACUUUGGCACCGUAUGAAACAGGCACCUGGUACAGCUUCUGUGAAGUUCAACAUUUCUAAGAGGCCCUAUCAGGUUCAGUGUUCUCCAGUUUCCAAUCAAGCUUUCCCUCCAGGUGAGCAGCCUUCAGGAUUGAAUCCAGCGCCCUCUUCCCCAGCUACUGCCAGCGCUGCACCUGGAGGUGCUCAGACACGACCCCAGGACUGGCCCCAAGCCAUGAAGGAAUACGUGCAGCGCUGUUUUACAGCCUGUGAGACGGAGGAAGACAAAGAUCGCACAGAGAAAGUGCUGAAGGAAGUCCUGCAGGACCGGUUGAAAGAUGGCUCUGCUUAUACUAUUGACUGGACUCGUGAGCCACUGCCAGAAUUAAAGGUCAAGCAGUCUCGCUGGGAAGCUGUACCACCCCAGAGGACAUCAGAUAACUCAAUUAGCCGUGGUGGAAGUACAGCGGCUGCAGCUUCAAGAGGCAGGGGUGGUGGACACAGAUUGGGCCACUACAGGAAUAUAUUUUCUCAAAGGAGUCCAUCCUCUAGUUCAUCCCGUUCCUCCUCUCGCUCCCCAUCUCCCUCUCAUGGCAGACACAGGGACCGCAGCAAUCAAAGGCACAGGCGAAGUGAUUCUGGCUCACAGUCAGACAGCAGCAUCUCCAGUGACCUCCGACCUCAGCUGUCAAGACGAAAUCAGAAAGGAGCACGCGGUCGUGGUAAUGACAGGGAUAGAGGACGAGGAGGUGGAGAGAGAGGACGAGGAAGAGGAGGAAAAGCAAACAGAGGAAGACGAAACAUGGAAGAGUCCGGUGUUGGAAAGAAGAGGAAAGGCGGGAGUGCUGGUCUGGAUUUCCAUGACCCCAACAGAGAAGCCAAGAAGCAGAGCAGAGCAGCUCGUUUCCACAAGCAGCUGCGUUCAGAGCCCCUGGUUCUCUCCAUCAAUGCCCUGGACCUGCCCGAUGGAACACAAGAGGGCCUGAGCUGGGAGGACUGCCCCAUUGUGGGAACAUGUCAGGACAUCACUAAAUCCUACCUGAGGCUCACCUGCGCCCCUGACCCCUCCACUGUGCGCCCUGUGCAUGUGCUAAGAAAAUCUCUACAGUCUGUGAAAGCCCACUGGAAAAACAACCAGGACUAUGCCUAUGCCUGCGAACAGAUGAAGUCCAUACGACAAGACCUCACGGUCCAAGGAGUUCGAACCGACUUCACAGUGGAAGUCUACGAGUGUCAUGCACGCAUUGCUCUCGAAAAGGGAGACCAUGAAGAGUUCAAUCAGUGCCAGACCCAGCUGAAGGCCCUGUAUAAGGACAACCCCUCAGAGAACAUUGGAGAGUUUACAGCAUAUAGGUUGCUGUAUUACAUCUUCACUAAAAACUCUGGAGAUCUGACCACUGAGUUGGUGUACUUGACCCCGGCCCUGCGAGCAGAUGGUUGUGUGGCUCAUGCUCUUGCACUCCGUGCUGCCUGGGCAUUAGGAAACUUUCGCCGUUUCUUUAAGCUCUACCUGGAAGCCCCACGCAUGGCUUCAUACCUCAUUGACAAGUUUGUAGAGAGGGAAAGAAAGAUUGCACUUCGGGCCAUAGUCAAAACGUUCAGGCCUGACUUGCCGGUGCAGUAUGUGCAGUCCACUCUGGGCUUCCCUUGUUUAGACUCCUGUAUGACAUUUCUUACUGGGCUAGGUGUCACUUUCACCCCAUCUGACCCCAAAAAGAUAGACUGCAAAACCAGCACAGCCGCUUUGGCUGCCUCCUGAGGGGGUGGGGGUACCACAGUAAAGGGAGACACUAAGGGACCCUCAUUGAUCCUUACAUAUUCAAUGCACUGCACUUCAGACACCUCAGCCAGUUCAGAAAGAGUAGUGGCAAACUAACACCUAUAUAAGACCCAUAGAGAAAGAUACAUGUUAACAUACUCUACUGCAAGACCUAGAUUUCAGAAUGAAAUGUAAUUAUCUGAUACUCAGAUAAGAACUGUUUUUAAACAUGAGGGAGAAUGUCUGCACACACUGUCACACAACUAUUAUGAAUUAGUCCAAGGCCCAAGUUAUCUCUACAAAUAUGAUGCCAGAAAAGUGAGUGAACAGUUUAGAUUUGGGAUGAUCAUAUAGUCUCGGUGCUUAGAGGCCAAGAAGUCACAGAACCAGAUCAGGGAGGCACCCCCCCCCCCCCAAUGGUUCCUGUUCCUUUACCACCGUCAGAUGUCAAAGCUAACAGUGUUCUGUUAUGUUUUUUCCUUCCUCAAGUCAACAGCUCCAAGACCUGAAGAUUCAAGCCCUGUCAAUCAAAGGGGAAAGACAAACAGCUCUUCUUCAAGUCACAUAUCCAGCUCUCUGCUGUUUGAAGUCAAGCCUAUGGAAGCAGGUCAACUUUGCAUUUCCUCUUAAAGACUGUGAGACGAUGCGGUGAGAAGAUGCCAGCAGUUUGUCUGAAAGAAGAGAUGGUGGUUUGUAUGUCCUGCCCUGCAUCCCGUUUCCUCAAUGUAUCUACAGCUGGUUGUUCAUCCUGUCCCUUGUCCCAAACCAUAUGGCCCGUGAAAGCAAUGGACCUAAGUCAAAAGUCUUGUUCCUGAUUUAAUUAAGUAGUAUUCAUCUGUUGGUCUCAGUUAUGAAAUGGCUGGCCAACAUUGGAAAGAAGUCUCAAUCUCAUGACCAUUGACUUUGUGUAUGAUAAAGGAUACAGGCAAGUGUUCAUCAAGGUUAUCCUCACUCCUCCGUAUCCUGGAAGCUGAGCUCCGUCAACAGAAUUAAAGCAGCCACAGACGGAGAGUAAAUCCCCAUCAUCCUCAGGUAGAAGUUCCCGCCAGCACCUAGAAUCCAGCACCGUGGUCAACACAGCAAAGUGCAGUGGGGAUGACCUUAACUCCAUGAGCUGUUAUUCAAGAGAAUCGGGCAUCUGAGCUGGAAUCUACAACAGCUGAAGGUUCUUCUGGGUGGAGCAUCGAGGGAAACAUGCUGCUUAUUCUCAAAUGAGUGGUUUGUAUGCUGCAAUCUGGCUCUGGUGUGUGCAAGGCUGGUAAGAGAAAGGGACUUCUCUGGAAGGAGGUGGAUGACGGCACAACAGACAUGUUGCCUCAUGUCUCUCCUGUGUUAAAUGUUUUAUGUCUUGCAUUUUAUGGACAGCAGUAUUGGCCUUUCUCCUGGGAAAAAAAGGAAAAAGAAUUAUGGAGCUGCAGUCAGUUUCAUGAAAAUUUACAGGUUGAUAUUGGACAAAUCAAGUAUCAUAAAUUUGACAAAAUGCUAAUAGGCAGAGUCAGUAAGAUCCCAGAAAUGUUACUGCGCAGAUGUUCGCUGUUUGAACGUUAUGAAGUAUUUAAAUCAAAACAGAUAAGUUUGAAACUGUAGACAGUAAUUUAAUAAAGAGGGAGAUACAAGUGGAGUGCAGCUUUGUGCUUUUAUGUCCAUUUUCCAGUAGAUAUGAAAUUAUUUUCUAAAAUAAAUACAGUAAUUGUAGUGUCUGAUAUACAGAAUAGUUUUUCUAUGUGGCAGUGGAAUUGUAGACUUAGUCCUCUCUGAUGUGAUUUGGCCAUUUUCCUGCAGGUUUGUGCUUUUCAGGACCUACAAUAAUAUUGGUGGUGGUGCGCAUUGUCUUAGGUGAUGAUUAGGAAAUUAACAAUUAGACCGCUCGUAAACGUUAAGAAAUUGAACCCUCACCAACAGAGUAAACAAACAUUUCAUAGACUUCUUGUUUUGCUUACUACCGUAUCCUGCGAUUUGGGUCCUCAUUGAAAGAUUGUGCUGAAACUUAAAACGCAGAUCAACAUUGUUCCACAUAAUUUUGAGGGUUUUUUUUUUUUUUUUUUUUUUUUUUUAACAGUAUUAUUUGCCACUGUAGAAAUAUUGAGCCUGAGGAAUUUACAACUUUGGUGUAAUUGACCAGAGCGUGAGCGGAUGCAGGCUUGCUGUACAAUCUACAUGUUUACUUGUCUACAAAGUUUAUUUUUUGUAAAUACUGUAUAAUAUUGCUGUGAUUUCUUUUCAGUUGGUACAUAGGUUUUGUUUAUUUUCACACAUGGGUAAGUGUGAAUAGUUUUUUGUUUUUUUCUGGGUUUCACAAAACUCAGACCAUUUAUGUGAAUAUGUAAACUUACGUGCAGACAGAUCUGGAUUGGAUUGUGUGCAAUGUCUUCAUCAUCAUAACAGUUGAUAUAGUGUAGGAGUUUAUAAUUGCUGGUGGUAGGGUUUCCUGUUAAAAUAAUGACAAACUCUCUUACCUAAUUUUGGCAAGAUGUUAUUCUCAAAUCCCACUGAUAUGAAACGUGGUUUUUUCCCUUCAGGCAAAAACAAAACAUGACCACAUUUUGUCACUUGCCUGUUUUGCAGCAAAGACAAAGAAAUUUCCAUCAAGUUGACAAAAUGCUUGUUUAAACCUGGAUCAUCACUUUGUUUCUCAAACUGUUCAACUGUUAACCAUUAUUUCAGCAAAUAUUUUGUAAUGUCAAUGAUCUCAACAUGUUUUCUUUCUUCCCCCUUCAUCUACCUGAUCCCCUGUCCUCUUUGCUCUUCCCUCCCCUCACUCCCUAAACCUUUCUCUCACACACCACCAGACUUCUCAUUCUUCAGCUCGUAGCACUGCUGCAUUGCAGGAGCACAUGGAGCGAUGAUAAGUGGGCGAACCUCCUCCAGACGCCAGCCGGAGAGAGUGAAUUGUGAGCAAUCCAAGUCUUGGUUUGACCCACUCAAGUUGAAGCCAUACAGCUGAUAAAAUACAUGGGAGCCUCACAUGAUGAAAUGUGGAAAAUGUUGAUCUGCUGCUAAUGUGAUUUGCUGCUAACCCAAAUAUUUAAAAAUGUCUCUGUGCAACAUGAUACCUGUUUUAGUUUUAAACAAUGUUUGAGGAUUGAGAAACUUGCAGUGUGCUGUUCUUUUCUGUUUGUCCAGAUGCAUUUGCAUUUUUGAGUCAGUUUGCUGGUAAAAAUGUGUAAUUCUUUUGUUUGUUUUUUUCCACCCAAUUCGUUUGUACUUAGGAAUCAUUCGGCUAGUUUUUGCUCAAUAAGACAGACCUGCCUGACUCAGUUGUAUAUUUAAGCCUUCUUUUGAGAGUUUUAUUGCUCAUUAUCUAAAAUGUCUCUGGACAUACAGAAUGUGCUGAAAUUCACCUCCAUUUAAAAAUAAUCUUUUCUUAGUAUAUUGGCAAAGUUGACAUGGCUGGUGUGUGCUCCCAUGCUAAGAAUUUCCUCUUGGGUUCUUCACGUGAUGAGCUUGCUGACUGUGAUUAUAGUUUGUUGCCUUAAGCUUGUGUAAAUGUAAACUUUACCCAGGGUUCAAUUGCGUACAUCUGAUGUCUCAGGUUGAAACAGACCAGGAUGUUAGCUUUAUUCUUUUUUUUCUUCCUUUUUUUAUUAGAAAAUUCACCCCAGACUAACAAUACACAUGUUCAUUUCGGAUGUGUUUUUUUGUUUGUUUUUUUUUCCCCCUCCAAUGCCUGAGUCAUAUUUUCAGUAUUGUUUGCUCCCAUGUUACUGUAUAUCUCAUCAGUCUUUGUAACUCCUUCCUUGAUAAUUGACACUGGAAGAACUCCCAUCAUUUCCCACCAUUUACCCUUUAACUCGUUUUCAUUUCAGUUUAUCUUGUCUCUGUUCUCGCUUUCUCUUAUUCCCACCCCCUGCAUGCUGUCCUCUUCCCUCUCCUGCUCUCCUACAAAUCUCUAACCAGUAUUUGUUCUCUUUUCAUUCUUAUCUUUUCCUUUAAUGUUGAGUAUGUUUGUGACCGUUUGCCGUGUGCAACUAGUCACUCUCACUAGUAAGUAUUGUAUUGCUUCUGCAAUGCUUUAAUAGUUUAUGUUGCAGCUCACUAACAACUGAAGCUGAAGGUAUAUCUAAAAUGCCUUCUCCCUGUCCCUCAUUUCCCCAUGCCUCUACAGAUCUGAUAUGAAAACUGCCAUUUUGUAAAUAUUGUGUACAUAUUAACUUUUGAAAAAAAUCUAAUAAAAUAAGUACAAACGG